CGCCACGGCAACGCGGCCAUACUGGCCGCGACGGACCCGGGAUCUGGGGCUGCGGCGCUGCGGCCUCGUGGGCAGACCGGAGCAUGGACAGCCUCUUCGUGGAGGAGGUGGCGGCCUCCCUGGUCAGGGAGUUCCUCAGCAGGAAGGGCUUAAAGAAGACGUGUGUGACCAUGGACCAGGAACGCCCACGCUCUGAUCUCAGCAUAAACAGCAGAAACCAUCUCCGAAAGGUUUUGCAUCUUGAAGUUCUCUACAAGGAGAACAAGGCAAAGGGAAAUCCUUUAAAAACAAACCUUGAACUCAUCACCAGAUAUUUUCUGGAUCACUUUGGAAAUACUGUUAACAAUUUUACUCAAGAGACACCAAUCCCUGCACUCUCAAUACCAAAGAAAAGUAACAAAUUACCAUUGAGAUGCUCAGAGACCACGCUGGUAAAUAUAUAUGACCUUGCAAAUGAAGAUGCGAGUUGGAGAACAUCAUUGUCAGAAACAAGCAAAGCCAGACACGACCAUCUUAAUGGGGAUGUACUUGGUAAUUUUGCAUCAUCCAAAAGGGCCUCCCACAAAAGUAAGGCCUUGCAGACUGUCCCAGGUGACAGCCCUCCCGUGGCUCCUGCUUGGGAGAAGAUGGACAAGCUUCAGUCAUCAGAGCCUUCCUUGGACACGAAGAGGAUGGGAGAGAAGAUCAGACCAAAGUCUGGCCUGAUUGUCCGAGGCAUGAUGGCUGGACCCAUCGCCAGCUCCCCACAGGAUUCCCUCCACAAACGCUCGCUGAGGCAGUUCCUAGCCUUGAGCAGCACGACCCAACCCCACGAGGAGGGGAGCCUACAAGCGCCCGAGCUGUCUGCUCACACCCCAGCCUGUCCCCCGCCUGUCCCACAGGAGGGCCCGGCUUCCAGCACCACCUCCACCCCCAGGAGCACCCUGGACCUGCUCAGCCAGCUGACCUUGGAAAAGUGGAGAGCCUCGCCCAGCAGCCCUCUUCACCUGCCAGGCAAAGGGCUUUCCCAGAGCGGGAGCGGCCGGUGGAGAGACCUUUCAGAGGACAGCCCAGCCAUGGACAACGGCCUAGAGGCCGACAGGACCGCCUUGAAUUUCUCCUUGUCCAGUGGGAAUGCCCCGACGACCCAGGAGAGGCUGGAAAGAGUGUUCAAACGGCAGGGGAGCCAGCCCCCAGCCCUCAGGAGUAAUCAGUUGCCAGCAUCCAACAAGGUCGAUGGUGAGCUGGGUGUGCUGCAGCUUGAGGACGUGGAGGAUGAAUUGGUGAGGGAAGAAGUCAUCCUGUCUCCAGUGCCAUCAAUGCUCAAGCUGCAGGUAGAGUCAAAGCCCAUCGACCUCUCAGUGGCAAAGGACAUAAAGACCAUUCUGUUUGGUUCCAGCUUUUGCUGUUUCAAUGAAGAGUGGAAACUUCAGAAUUUUUCCUUUAACGACUCAGCAUCAUUAAAAUAUGGCAUCGUGCAGAACAAGGGUGGUCCCUGUGGGGUUCUGGCAGCUGUCCAAGGCUGUGUCCUACAGAAACUCCUGUUUGAAGGAGAUAGCGGAGCUGACUGUGCUCGGCAGCUGCAGCCUUCAAACGCUCGUAGGACCCGCUGCCUGGCCCUGGCCAUUGCGGACAUUGUGUGGCGGGCUGGAGGCCACAAGAGAGCCGUGGUCACGCUGGCUUCGAGGACGCAGCAGUUCAGUCCAACCGGGAAAUACAAAGCAGAUGGAGUCUUAGAAACACUCAUACUCCACAGUUUGACCUCCUACGAGGAACUGGUGACUUUUCUUCAACAGAGCGUCCAUCAGUUUGAAGCAGGCCCCUACGGAUGUGUCCUGCUCACCCUGUCGGCCAUCCUGUCCAGGUCCACAGAGCUUGUCCGCCAGGACUUCGACGUCCCCACCAGCCACCUGAUUGGAGCACACGGAUACUGCACGCAGGAACUUGUCAAUCUGCUCCUGACCGGGAAAGCCGUGUCCAAUGUUUUCAACGACGUGGUUGAGCUCGAUUCUGGCAACGGGAACAUCACGCUCCUCAAAGGCAUCGCCGCGCGCAGCGACAUCGGCUUCCUGUCCCUCUUUGAACACUACAGCGUGUGCCAGGUCGGCUGCUUCCUGAAGACCCCGAGGUUCCCCAUCUGGGUGGUGUGCAGUGAGAGCCACUUCAGCGUCCUCUUCAGCCUGCAGCUGGAGCUGCUGCAAGAUUGGAGGACCGAGAGGCUCUUUGACCUGUACUACUAUGACGGCCUGGCCAGCCAGCAGGAGCAGAUCCGGCUGACCAUCGACACCACCCAGACCGUCCCUGAGGACAGAGACAACGACCUCGUUCCUCCCCUGGAGCUGUGCAUCAGAACCAAGUGGAAGGGGGCGUCAGUGAACUGGAAUGGCUCAGACCCCAUCCUGUGACCCUCCAUGUGGGUGAGCCCCAUGGCUUCAGCACACAUCACUGGGGGUGACGGCUGAGCCCUGGGCCUCAGGGACAAGUCUGGGCCAGCACUGCUGCAGAAGCGUCCAGAACCUCCCUGCCUCUUCCAUGAAGGGCCUGCGAAGGACUGUGCUGUGGACCCAGAGUGCUGCUGUGCAGCCCCUCCCAGCUGAGCGGUGACUGCCAAGGCCUGGAAGGAGGCUGGUGGGGCCUCUGCUGCCUUUUCUAUGCAUCCCUCCCUCGCUCCCUGCGGGGCCGGCCCCUUGCCAAGCCUCUGAUAUGGUCGGCCCGGGACCCUGGGCACUCGUUAUUUCUGAUGGUUGGCUUUCUAUAAAACAGGAGUCAAACCCAUGCUGAGGGCCGAACCUUAUUUGUUCUGUUGCCGCAAAGGAAGCAUGAGGUCUGACCGGCUCAUGGCUGGGGCGGGGAUGGUGAUGGGUGGAGGGGCCUCAGAGCCCCGGAGACCUGUGGGCGAAGUCAUCACCUAAUGAGGGUCUCUGCAGGCGAACCAUGCCCUCUGGCCCACUGGUGUCCCUGGCGGGGCCUCUGGUUUGGCCUGGCUUCUGUGGAUCAGCCCCAGGUCUAAGGCACCAGGCUCCGAAAGCUGUGCAGACCAGGAGAAACUCAGGCUCCCUGGGAGCCCAUCUCGGGGUCAACCUGGAUCUCUGCGAGGCCCCAUGAGGACAGUCAUGUGGACCUGGAGGGUAGGCUACACCUGGCCAAGCAGAUAUGGGGAAAAGAACCUUUCAGGGAGGGACCUCUUGGCCAGGGAGGACAACGAGGUCAGGAUGAGAAGAGGGACUGAGUGUGGUCCCCCAUGUGGCUGCAGCGGGGCGUGUGUGGAGAGAACUGGCUGAGCUGCUCUGGUGGGCAGAGCCUGUGGAGACCCUCGCAUUCCAGACUGAGGGUAAGAUAGGUGGGAAGAGGGAAAUCUCCAUAAUCACUCGUGAAGGGAAAAUUGUACUCAGAGCCUCCUUUGUUCCAACAAUUUAUAUCCAAUGGAUUCCAAAAAGGAAUAUGAGCAAGUAUAGAAACACAAUGGGAGGCUGGUGAAGAAGAAAGACCAGAGAGUUUUGUCAAAAACAGAAGCUGGGGGCCCCUCUGCAGUGGCUCCCAACGAUGAACUGAGCGAGGGCGCCCAGUGGUAGGGCAUGGCCUCCAGGAACCUCUAUCACCUGUCUGUCCACACGGGAGUCAGGAGCCACCUCAUGGCGGAGCCACGUCCAGGGCCCACCCUGCUGUGCCCCGUGGGUGCUUGGCUGGGAAUCUUAGUGGGGCCCACAGAGGUGGGUGUUCAUACAUGGCGACCGGGGCACGCACUCCUCCGCCAUGUGCCCUGACCCAGGGAGAAUCAUAGACACUGGACGGCAGCCAGUCCCCAGCCUCCGUGCGCCCCCUUGGGCUCAGGACACAAGCAGCUCAGGGGCUGUGCUCCCCGGCAGCGCUGGCUCAAGGGAGACCCCCUCCUCUUUAAGGGCCAGGCAUGCAGGGGGCAAAGCUGGCAUUUGGUGGUGACAACUAAAGAGCCUGUUUUGUGCUCUCGUGAGCUGGGUAAGAAGAGCAGUGGCCGGACUCUGGGUCUUUGGGGAGCGGCAGGGAAGAGCUGGCAGGGAGUGCUUUGUCCAGGCUGUGCACGGCCCCCGUGAAGUUUGCUAUGUAAACUCCAGUGGCCAUUCACAGCAGGCGUCCAGCAGAAAUGCUUCCUAUAUGUCCCUGAAAUGUUUAUGCGUCUGUUUUCCUUGGCCAGGAUCAGGCCUCUC